UUUUGUUUGAAAGAAAAAUUAAAAAUAUUGUCAAUCAUCUCUGUUAUUAUUGUAAUGGAAGAUUAUCAAAAAAUUGAAAAAAUUGGUGAAGGUACCUAUGGCGUUGUGUAUAAGGCUAAACAUAAGCAAACCUCGGAAUUGGUUGCAUUGAAAAAGAUACGUUUAGAAAAUGAAGAUGAUGGUGUACCAUCGACAGCCAUACGUGAAGUGACCGUACUCAAAGAGCUCAAUCAUCCAAAUAUUGUUUGUCUAAAAAAUGUUCUACUUCAAGAGAAUCGUCUACAUUUGGUAUUUGAAUUCUUAUCAAUGGAUCUGAAAAAAUAUCUGGAUUCACUACCAGCCAAACAGAUGAUGGAUAAAAAAUUGGUUAAAAGCUAUCUACAACAAAUUACUGAAGGGUUGAUAUUUUGCCAUUCUCGUCGUAUUAUUCAUCGUGACCUUAAACCACAGAAUCUUUUGUUGGACGAUAAUGGCCACAUUAAAAUUGCCGAUUUCGGUCUUGCUCGUGCAUUUGGUAUUCCCGUUAGACAAUAUACUCAUGAAGUGGUCACUUUAUGGUAUCGUGCACCUGAAGUUCUGCUUUGUAGUCAAAAAUAUUCCACGCCGGUCGAUAUAUGGAGUGUUGCUUGCAUUUUUGCUGAAAUGAUUACCAAAGUGCCAUUGUUUCAUGGUGAUUCAGAGAUAGAUCAACUUUUCAGAAUUUUUCGAACACUUGGAACACCGGUGGAAGAAACGUGGCCAGGUAUUACAUCAUUACCAGCAUAUAAAUGUAAUUUUCCAAAAUGGAAAGAUAACAUUCUACAAACAGUCAUCACUGAUAUUGAUGAUGAUGCAUUAGAUUUACUCAAUGCAAUGUUAAUCUAUGAUCCACAGAAACGUUUAUCAGCCAUAGUUGCUAUCAAUCAUCCAUACUUUAAUGAAAAAAAUUGAACCAGUUGAAACAUGUAGGGAAAAAUCAUUCGAAAACUCAUCAUUUAUAAUUUUUUUUUAUUCAAAUUCAUAUCUUUCUGUGUUCAGUGUGUGGUGAGUGUGCCAUUCAUUCCAAAACGGUAUUGAUUCAAUCAUAACAAUGAUAGAAUAACUAUAGAGGAAAAUAUGUUUUUAAAAAAUGUAAUAAAAUCUCUUUUAAAAUUUUA